GUGAGUGAGUGAGAGUGAGUGAGUGAGUGAGUGUUGGUGGUCACAAGUGCGGCGGAGGAGGCGCAAGGAGGAGGAUCUGCGCCUACCUGCCAUUCCACUUGUGACGUUGGAUUCCUCUCGAUUCGUUUCGACUCGCCCUGGCCCCGAGAGAUGCCCCAAACAUAAUCUCUGUAAUUGGUGUGGGCAAUUUUUCGCAAUUCGGAAGGGAAAAGGGGGUGUUAUCUUUCGGUGAAUUCGCGACUGCUUGUGAGGUCGCCGUGUUGCGUAGCCUUUGCAGUACUUUGAGCUCGCGCGCGGGGAAGUUUACAACAGGAUGGGCUCUACGGCGAGGUUGAGGUUGAGCCCGAGCCCGUCCUCUGUCUCAGGUUCGCUGUGCCCGGCGUCGGCACGGUCUGUGUAUCCCAUGGGCUCUGUCGCGGUGAGGGUGACGAGCCGGUGCCGUUGGUUGGGAGCGGAGAGUAGGCUCGGUAAGAGCCAAUUUUUCGGGGCUGGGAAGCCACUUGUGCAUCUACAGAAGCGGGGAUGGAGUUUGGGGUGGGAGGGGCGUGCCGCUGGAAGGACUGUGGUGAUGGCCAACUUGAGUGGCGCCAAGAUCAAGGUCAUUGGUGUGGGCGGUGGUGGCAACAAUGCCGUGAACCGCAUGAUUGGGAGCGGUAUUCAGGGUGUCGAUUUUUGGGCUAUCAACACAGAUGUUCAAGCUUUGCAAAAAUCACAAGCCCAACAUCGCGUUCAGAUUGGCGAAGCUUUGACCCGAGGACUAGGUACUGGUGGUAAGCCAUUUCUCGGAGAACAGGCAGCAGAGGAAUCAAUAGAUAUCAUCGCAGAGGCAGUGGUAGAUGCUGAUCUUGUCUUCAUUACUGCGGGCAUGGGUGGUGGGACGGGGUCUGGUGCUGCCCCGGUUGUAGCUCGUGUGGCCAAAGAGGCAGGGCAACUCACUGUCGGUGUUGUUACGUAUCCGUUUACGUUUGAGGGCCGUCGGAGAAGCCAGCAGGCAGUGGAGGCAAUAGAGAAUUUACGGAAGUCUGUGGACAGUCUCAUUGUCAUCCCCAAUGACCGUCUACUUGAUGUCUCUGGAGAUAAAACUCCUCUUCAAGAAGCAUUUUCUUUAGCCGACGAUGUUUUACGUCAGGGAGUUCAAGGCAUUUCAGACAUCAUCACUACGCCAGGUCUGGUGAAUGUUGAUUUUGCAGAUGUCAGAGCUGUAAUGAGUAAUUCAGGCACAGCUAUGCUUGGUGUUGGUUCAUCUAGUGGCAAAAACCGUGCUGAAGAAGCUGCAAUUCAGGCUGCCUCAGCUCCCCUUAUUGAACGCUCUAUUGAACAAGCAACUGGCAUUGUUUACAACAUCACUGGUGGCUCGGACCUCACACUGCAGGAAGUGAAUACUGUAUCUCAGAUUGUAACAGGCUUAGCUGAUCCUUCAGCUAACAUUAUUUUUGGAGCAGUAGUAGAUGAUAAAUACACAGGUGAAGUCCAUGUAACGAUUAUUGCCACGGGAUUUUCCCACACUUUUGAGAAAUUAUUAGUGGACCCAAAAGCAGCAAGGGCAGAGGUACAGGAAACUCCGAGCAAUACACCGGAGAAACCUAGGAAGCAAUCAACUCUCAACUUGUUUCGCCAAGGUCUUAACCGAAAGGGGUUUUUGUAGACUUUUAAAUAUAAUUGAUGAUUUGUAGACUUCAGUAUACUGCCA